AUGGGUCGCCCAGAGCCUUUCCUCAGUGCUCCCAGGGAGCAUCGAGCGUGUGUGAUAGCACGACAUGAGAAGCAUGGCUACUUGCUCCUGCUCACCGGCACGUGCGACAAGCGCCACCAGUUGCCGUUCAGACACUUUGUUUCUGGGGAGGUGAGAGGAGCAGACUACCAUGGCGUAGCCAAAGCCGCCGCAAUUGAGGGGCUCCUCGCGCAGACGGGCCUUGAUUUCCGCAAGACACCCUCACGUUUGCAAAGGAAGUUCUUCCCUGCACAAGUCCAGGAGAAGAUGGGCAGAACUUGCUUCUUUGAGGUGCUGCUUGGUGAUGCUGACUCUCUUUGCGGCCAAGACGUGACCAGCUCGUUGUCAGGGGAACUCAGCUUCCUGCUCAGCAUCUGUGAGGAACACUUGGGUUUCAGCUUCCAGCGAGACCUUCAGAUCGCAGCGGAUGCUGUGAGGACUUCAGACAAGCGAGGCUCUAUGGCAUUGCUCGCCACCAGGGUCACGUACUCCCCGCAGACAUGCUGCCUCGCCGGUAUGUGUAACCUUCUGAGUGGAUAUUUCUGGUCAGGCCGGGAGGUGCCAAAAGCGACCAAUGCGUGGAAGGGCGCCGGAUACACUUUCAGGCCGCCCUUUGUGCGGAUCGUAUAA